AUGGCGCCAAAGAGAGCACCGCCGAUGCAGUCUUCUCUCUACCCUAUCGGUGAUUACGAGGUCGCAGUGGAUGGUAAGAAGUUUACAUGUGAAUCCGGACCCAAAAGCAUCCAGAUCAACUUUUCCGGAAACAACAGAGUCAAAAUCUCAGAGAAGGAUAAAAUCGUUACUGCUUAUCCGAAAGAAGACAUGUUUCUUCUUCUUAAUCCUCGUGAUGGAGAUGAUUUCACCAAAUCUCAUCUCCAAGAAGUGCUGAAGUUAUAUGGCAAAGAGCUGCCUGACAUGAAAUACGCUUCAAACACUGGGAAGCAAUCUGCUUUCCUUGAGAGAUGCGUCUCUAAAGGCAAGUAUUGCUCAUUGGUUUUGAAGUCCACGCCUAACGGAGUCUCACAUGAGAUCUUAGCUGCAAUCACCUAUCAGAUAGUCCCUGCUGAUACACAGUAUGCUGAGAUACCUCUUGCUGCUGUAACAUCUACACACCACAAAAAGGGUUUUGGUAAAAUCGUCUAUGAAGAGUUAAUGAAGAGGCUUCAUAAUGUUGGCAUUCGGACUAUAUACUGUUGGGCAGACAAAGAAUCUGAAGGAUUCUGGCUUAAACAGGGAUUUAUAACAUUAGCAGAGGUAGACCAGAAAGGCAAAGCAAAAAGGUUACGCAUCAAGUCUAAUAUUCGAAAAGCCUUAUGCUUUCCUGGCGGCUCAACUCUCAUGGUUUCUCAUCUGAGAAAGGAUAAUCCUGCAAACCUCGAGAUUUCCUCUUCAUGGUGCGAGGGAUCUCCACUUUCAGUUCCUUUGGCUGGAGACUCACCUAAAAUAGUAGAGAGCUUUGGUGAAAGCCUAUAUGUUGACUGUCUCUCUGAUAUCAGAAGUCCAAUGGACACGCCCACUGGAAAGGAAGACAAGAACAUGGUCUCUGAUCAAGCUAACACAGCUGACAGUGAGACCAAAUGGUCCACACAGGGCGUGAAGAGAUCAUCUUGGGAAGCUCCACUAUCCUCUCUACGAUCCAAAAGGAUUAGAGCAAACCACAACAAUGACUCUGCAAGAGAGCAGGAUCAAUCUAAAGACGGUUCUUCUAUGGAAACUCGUCCAAAUGGACAACACUACACAAUCUUGCUAAUGGACAUUGGUGAUGAAAACAAGAGAGCUUGGUUAACAGAGGUAAUAAGAAAACUAGGUGGAGAUGUGACCUCGGAUGGGAACAUGAGCACACAUAUUGUCACCGGAAAAGUCAGGAAAACGCUUAAUUUCUGCACUGCUCUUUGCUCUGGGGCUUGGAUAGUAUCACCAAGUUGGUUAAAAGAAAGUUUCAGAGAAGGAAGAUUUGCUAAUGAAGCUUCACACAUAUUGCAUGAUGAAGAGUACCAGAUGAAAUAUGAAACCGAUCUAAAAAGCUCGGUUCUUAGAGCAAAAGCUAAACCUAACUCGUUGCUUAAAGGAUACGACAUAUGUAUUGGACCUCACGUUCAGUUGCCUAUUAAAACUUCAUCAGCUAUCAUCAAAUCUGCUGGUGGAAAUGUGAUUAGAGGAGUGGAGAAGGUAAAAGAGGCAUCAAAUGCUAUAUACAUAGGGUGUGAAGAAGACACAGUGGAGGCUUUGUCUGCAGUAAAGAAAGGUGUAAGGACAUUCAGCAGCGAUUGGUUGAUGAGCUGUGUCAUGAAACAACAACUUGACCUUGAAGCUUCUCAGUUUGUUGUGUCCUUGUGA